UAGUCCCCAAAUCUUAAAUAAUGUUUACCUUUUGAAUAGUUCAUCGUGUUACCACAGACGCACACACUGCAUUAUUCUGUGAAAGACAUUCAGGGAUUGCGCAUGAAUAGGCUCGCCUGAGAACAAUUACCAGAACGAACACAGCUUUUGAAGUGUCAGGAGCGCGUUAACGAAUGCAUUUCUCUCAGUGGCUUUUUAUAUUUAGCUUUCUGUGACGCUCCGUAAGACACCAGUCGAGUCGUGAACAAGACAAACCGAAUGCACUGUUUCGAGUCAUCUUUGUGCCGGUGAAGAGAGAAGGUAAAGACGUUUCGAGGCAAAAAAAAAGAACAAAAAACUUGACAAUUUCGAGAGAACUCGAAGUCGCUGUGAUGUGGUGAAAAGCGCGCCGUGGAAUAACGCAUAUUUAUUAGGCGACUAACUGGUCAGGUCUGAAAAUGAUGAUGGCCGGUGGAGCAGUUGAACAAAACGGUGUAUUCUCGAUUCCUCAUCAUCACAGUCAACAGCCACACAUGGAUACUAAUCUCCCCGACUCCCGAAAACGGCCACUGGAAACUCCAGCCGAAGAGGCCUGUUGUACCAAGCGCACCAACGUUGGAGAGGAAGGCGAGUACUUUCUGAAGGUGCUGAUCCCUAGCUAUGCGGCCGGCUCUAUAAUUGGCAAGGGCGGCCAGACCAUUGUACAGCUGCAGAAAGAAACCGGCGCCACCAUCAAGCUGUCCAAAUCCAAAGACUUCUACCCAGGAACCACAGAGCGAGUGUGUCUGAUACAGGGUACAGUCGAGGCUCUCAAUGGCGUCCACAACUUCAUCGCAGAGAAAGUCCGCGAGAUGCCUCAGAGCGCUCAGAAGACUGAACCGGUCAGCAUCAUGCAACCACAGACCACCGUCAACCCCGACCGCGUCAAACAGGCCAAGCUAAUCGUGCCCAACAGCACGGCGGGCCUGAUCAUCGGUAAGGGCGGGGCCACGGUGAAGGCGGUGAUGGAGCAGAGCGGCGCCUGGGUGCAGCUGUCCCAGAAGCCCGAGGGCAUCAACCUGCAGGAGCGCGUGGUCACCAUCAGCGGGGAACCCGAGCAGAACCGCAAGGCGGUGGAGAUCAUCGUCCAGAAGAUCCAGGAGGACCCGCAGAGCAGCAGCUGCCUCAACAUCUCCUACUCCAACAUCUCGGGCCCCGUGGCCAACUCCAACCCCACCGGCUCCCCUUACGCCAACUCCGCCGAGGUGAUGCCCAACGCGGCCGCCGCCGCCGCCGCCACGGCCUCCAGCCUCCUGGGCCAGGCCGGCCUCGCCGGGAUGGGCGCCUUCCCUGCCGCCAUGUCCGGCUUCUCCGGCAACGACCUGCUGGCCAUCACGUCCGCCCUCAACACGCUGGCCAGCUACGGCUACAACACCAACACGCUGGGGCUCGGCCUCAACCCGGCCGCCGCCUCCGGGGUCCUGGCCGCCGUGGCGGCUAGCGCUAACCCCGCCGCGGCAGCCGCCGCCAACCUCCUGGCCUCCUACGCCAGCGACGCGUCCGGCGGAGGCGGGCACCCCGCGGCUGGGCUGGGAGGCUUCUCCCUGGGCUCGCUGGCCGCCGCCACGGGGGCUUCCAACGGCUACCUGAACGCCUCCUCUCCCCUGAUGGCGUCGUCCCUACUGGCCACGGAGAAGCUGGCGGACGGGGCCAAGGACGUGGUGGAGAUCGCCGUGCCGGAGAACCUGGUGGGGGCCAUCUUGGGGAAAGGUGGGAAGACACUGGUUGAGUACCAGGAGCUCACGGGCGCACGCAUCCAGAUCUCCAAAAAGGGAGAGUUCAUCCCCGGCACACGGAACCGUAAAGUUACCAUAACGGGGUCGCCCGCGGCGACGCAGGCAGCCCAGUAUCUCAUCAGCCAGCGAAUCACGUAUGAGCAGGGUGUGCGUGCCACCAACCCACAGAAGGUGGGGUAAAAAAAAUAAUCUACGACAGAAGAGGAGAGAAAAAAGAGGGAUGGAGACAGAGAAAGAGAAUGGAAUCAAGAGGGUCACGGAGUUCAAAAAAAGAAGAAAAAAAAAGAAGAAGAGGAAAUGUCCAAAUAUCCGUUCAAUAUUUCAGUAUUAAAAAGAGAGGAUCUCAAAGAAGA